GGGUUGGCGCUUUGUAUGGCAUUAUAAAAGCUCAACUAGAGAGCAGCACGUGAACGCAAGGUCCUGUGUUGGUGGAGUCGCAGAGGAGCACGAAGAGCCUCAGCACAGGGAUCUUCCAGUUGUCUGACACCCUUGGUACGUGAGAAUCAGUAAACGCAGGCUGAUAGAUAACAAAAUGAAGGUCGCACAACUGCUUAUCCUCAGCUGUCUGGUUUGGGAAGGAAAGACAAAAGUUCAGUUUCCAGAGCAAGAGAAGCGGCCUGAUUUCUGGAAGGACUUUGCUCAACGCUCACUUAAAGAUGCCUUGAAGCUUCAGGAACUCAACAAGAACAUUGCCAAGAACAUCAUCCUAUUUCUUGGAGAUGGAAUGGGUGUUCCUACAGUCACAGCAGCCCGGAUUUUAAAGGGUCAGUUGAGUGGACAGAACGGGGAGGAAACACAACUGGAAAUGGACAAAUUUCCCCAUGUCGCCCUCUCUAAGACAUAUAACACCAAUGCUCAGGUACCAGACAGCGCAGGCACUGCCACAGCGUUCCUCUGUGGUGUCAAAGCCAACGAGGGCACGGUGGGAGUGAGCGCAGCAGCUGUGAGAUCCCAAUGCAACACCACUCAGGGGAACGAGGUCACCUCCAUUCUUAAAUGGGCCAAAGACGCAGGCAAAUCAGUAGGAAUCGUCACAACAACGCGAGUGAACCAUGCCACCCCGAGUGCCGCUUAUGCCCACUGUGUGGAUCGAGACUGGUAUUCUGAUGCAGACAUGCCCAAUGAAGCACUGCAGAGCGGAUGCAAAGACAUCGCCAGACAACUCUUUGAAAACAUCCCUGAUAUUAAUGUGAUAAUGGGGGGUGGACGGAAAAACAUGUACCCCAAAAACACCCCAGACGUGGAAUAUCCAGGAGACAAGAAACAGAACGGUACACGCAAAGAUGGCAGGAACCUUGUGGGGGAGUGGAUUGACAGAGUGAAAGAGAAGAGAGGUUACUACGUUUGGAACAAAAAGGAUCUCCUUUCCCUCAAUCCUAAUAACGUGGAUUAUCUGUUGGGUUUGUUCGAGCCAGGAGACCUGAACUAUGAGCUGGAGAGAAAUGCAGAAAAUGACCCUUCGCUCACUGAGAUGGUGGAUGUGGCCAUUAAGAUCCUCAAAAAAAAUGAGCGUGGAUUCUACUUGCUGGUGGAAGGUGGACGCAUUGACCACGGACACCAUGAGGGAAAAGCCAAGCAGGCCUUACAUGAAGCUGUGGAAAUGGACCGGGCCAUUACUAGAGCUGGUCUCCUGACUAGCGAUUAUGACACGCUAACCGUGGUCACAGCCGAUCACUCUCACGUCUUCAGUUUUGGAGGCUACACACCACGAGGAAACUCCAUCUUUGGCUUGGCCCCUACGUUGAGUGACGUCGACCAGAAGCCUUUCACAGCUAUUCUUUAUGGAAAUGGCCCAGGGUUUAAGUUGGUCAACGGUGCCAGAGAAAACGUCUCAACGGUGGACUACGAGCAAAACAACUAUCAGGCUCAGUCUGCGGUUCCUCUGCGCAUGGAGACUCAUGGAGGCGAAGACGUGGCCAUCUUCUCUAAAGGCCCCAUGGCUCAUCUUCUUCACGGUGUUCAGGAGCAGCACUACAUCCCUCACGUAAUGGCCUACGCUGCCUGUAUCGGCCAAAACAAAGACCACUGCCGGACAAACUCGGGCUCUUCUUCAUCCUUCAGUCACAUCUCUCCAGCGCUGCUCUUUCUUCUCUUAGUCAAAUGGCUGCUCUGCUGACCCUUCUUCUCUUAUUAAGAUGUCUUCAGAUCAAGAACUUUCCUUACUCUUUCUUUUAAGCAGAGAUGAUGUUGUUUUUGACAAUACAUGGUUUUAGUUUUUAAGCAUUUAUCAGCAUCGGGACCAAUGUGUGGGUGUUUUGGAGAACCUGAAGAGGCCAGUUUGAGAUUCUGCUGCAAUGAUGUGAAGACAAUGUCAAAUGCGCUUUGUUUUUUAAAACACAAGUAAGAAUGAUUCAGUUAGAGUGAUUCAGUGCAUGAAUGUGAUGUUGGUGUUUAAAGGGUUAGUUCAGUCUAAAAUGAAAAUGUACGUAUUAUUUACCCAGCCUCAAGUGGUUCCAAACUUUGUUUCUUUCUUUUGUUGAACAAAAUUGAAGAUAUUUUGACGAAAGCUUAAAAAUGGUAAUUAUUAGCUGUUUCCAUUUACUUAUUUGUUGUGCGAUUAUUUCUUUAAAAAAUGCUUAAUGGAAAUGUCAAGAUGCGCAUACAUAAAAAAAAAAAACAAUUGUGUGCGCAACUGAGUAGAAAAACUUUUUAUCCCAUAAGAAAAAAUGUACAUAAACUAUGAUUGAAACACAUUUAUUGAAUAAAUUUCAUUAUGCGUUUCAAAAAGUCAUGUUAUUUUUGUUUUAACAGUUAUUUGAUGACAAUUGUUGUGAUAGAAAGCCAUUAAUGGACAAACCAAUAGACCAACAGAUUCUGAAAUGUGGUUUUGGCCAUUCCAAAAUCUCUCAGCCAAAGUUCAACAUCAAAGUAGUUGAGUAUUAUUACCCCAAGAACCAUGUGUUCUCUGCGUUUUGUCUUCGUCUUCUAAGGCGCAAGUCAUAUAUUAUAAUAUAUAAGAAAAAAGGCCCAUGAUGGCUUCUUCUACCCCAGCAAAGUCCAUUUUUCAUUUUGAAGUUUGGUGCCAUUUUAUCAGGAAGUGAAGAUUUUGGUUUUUUUGACUCAUUGGAGGGAAACGGUGCUUUAUUCGCAAAUGUUUUAUGCGUUAUCCUUGUUAAAUUUAAACUGUGCAGCACGGUGGCUCAGUGGUUAGCACUGUCGCCUCACAGCAAGAAGGUCGCUGGUUCGAGUCCUAGCUGGUCCAGUUUGUCCAACAGUACAAAGACAUGCGCUAUCAAGGUGAAUUGAAUGAACUAAAUUGACCAUAGUGAGUGUGUAUGGGUGUUUCCCAGUACUGGGUUGCGGCUGGAAGGGCAUACGCUGCGACCCCUGAUAAAUAAGGAACUAAGCUGAGGGAAAAUGAAUUAACGAAAGAAUUUAAACAAAUAAUUUUAGUUAGCAUAUUUGGAUGCAAACAGAGCUAUUGAGAUACAUUUACAAAAUACAAAGGCUACGUUUACAUAACAACAAAAACUAAACUUGUUUCUUGCGUUUAGAAAAAGUUUUACAUCUACAUGAAAACGGUUUCAAAACAACCAGCAUUUCUCAAAACGCUGUAUUGCAGAUAUGCCAGGCCAGUAUUUGGCACCUUGUUAGUAAACAGUGUCUGUAGUAAAAAGCCAAUGUGCUGUCGGCGGAUCGGCGCACGUGAUGUGUGUAUAUGAUCAAUCUCUGCUUUUGGUUGUAAUGUUGAGUAAUCCUAAGUUUAUGGCCACAAAUACUAUGGAAGUCAAUGGUUACAAGUUUUCAACUUUUAAAAAAAAUAGAAUCUUUUGUAUUAAACAGAUGAAAGAAACUCAAACAGGUUUGCUGACAAGCAAAGGCUGAGUAAAUGAUGAUAGAACUUCCAGUUUUGGGUGAACUAUGCCUUUAAGAAAGAAAAACAUUCAGAUUAAUAAAUGCAAAAUGUAGUCAGACGAAAACAUGGCUUAUGAUGGAAAUAAAUGAUGUUUUAUGAAGUAAUUUACAAAUUGCAGGAUCCAAACAAAGUGUUGUAAAUAACAAGCUGAAAAGGCACAAAUUUUAGAUGUGAAAUUUUGAAAACGUUUAAGCAAAGAUACAUUGAAUUCAUUAAAAUUACUGUAAAAACAUUUAUGAAGUUACAAUUUAAACCGUGAUGAGUUAUACUAACCCAGUAUUGGGUCAAAUACAUUGGGCAAAAUAUUGAAUUUAAUGAAUUUUUUAAUUAACUGUUGGGUUUGUCCAUAUUUACCCCAAGAUGGACAAACCCAACCUUUGGCUUUAAAAGUGUCAUUUAAAUUGAAUUGAAAAAAACAACCCAAAGUUGGGUUAUGACAAACCAUCAUUGUUUUAGAGUGUAAUAUUUCUACUGUAUUUUUGAUCAAAUAAACAAGAUUUCUCUGAAAAAUAAGUUCAUAAAAUAGAACAGAUCUGAUUUUGCUUCUUUUGUGAUCUUUGAGAAAAUAAUUACAACAAAUAAAUGCUUUUUAGAUGUUUCAGAAGGUUUUAUAGUGUGAAUCUAACUGAUAUUUGUCCAAAAAAUUUAAGAAAGAAGGAAUUAAAUGUCCACUACAACUAAACCAAACCAAACCACAGUCCGUGAUUAUUAGAGGAUCAUUUUAUAAUACACUACCACACCUAAUACAAAAAAAUACUCAUCAAAAAAGUAUCAUCUUUUUCACACAGCAUUUCUAUUUUGUCUUACAUUUGAAGUCAAAUACAAUCUACCUCUCUUCAUAUGGGCAAAACACCCCUCAUAAAGACCAGUUCAAAACAACCAUCAGCAACUACUCUUACUCUUUUAAAGGGACACUCCACUUUUUUUAAUAGACUCAUUUUACAAGUCACUUAGAGUUAAGCAUUUGAGUUUUACCGUUUUAUAAUCCAUUCAGCUGAUUUCUGUGUCUGGUGACGCACUUUUAGCUUAGCUUAGCAUAAAUUAUUGAAUCGGAUUAGACCAUUAGCAUCUUGCUCAAAAAAUAAUGAAAAGAUCACAGACACCACUGUUACCUAGCUGGAAACUAUUUUAAAGGCAGUUUUUUACAUUUUCCAUUGGUCUUAGUACAUGAUAUAACUACAAAAUAAACUCGUUAAUCUGAUUCAAUGAUUUAUGCUAAGCUAAGCUAAAAGUGCAGAUUGGCUGAAUGGAUUUUAAAAAAUAGUAAAACACAACAGUUUAACUCUAGGGCAGUUGUAAAAUGAGCCUAUUUACAAAAAAAGUUAAUGUUUCCCUUAAUUGUUGAUUUUUUGGCGGAAUUCUUUGUAUGCAAAACAAACUGCAUUACCGUCUGAAUUGUAAACAUGCUUGAUGCUGAAAGUAGAAGCAAAUGUGGUUUAUGUUUUUGUUAUGUUUAUCCAUCAUGUUUCCACGUAAUUGUUUUGAGUGCAGAAUCUGAACGCUAACUGUCCAUUUGUUAUUUGUGUCUAGCAGUCUGUGAGUCUCUCUAUGAAUGUCAGCAGUUCAUGAAUGAUAACAAAAAUAUAGAUUUGAAGUAAAUGGCCGAGCAUUUAUUUUGAUUGGAUAUUCAGUUAGAGUCCAAUUCAAACAUGCUGUUACUGCAAAACUCAUUAAAUAUACAAAAAACUCUGGAGAUGCAGAAAUUACACAAUAAAGAAAAUAUGUGUGGGAA